AGGCGGAUUCUCCUUUAGCCCCCGAACUUACUGCGGAGGCACUCCCUGUGAAAGUGAAAAUUCCACAAAUUGGCAUGUAUGAUGGGACAUCAGAUCAAGAUGCACAUUUAGGCCAUUAUACGUCUUGGAUGGAUUUACAUGGGGCUUCAGAUGCUUUGAGGUGUCGGAUGUUUUCACUUACACUGGGGCCACGAGCCCAAAAAUGGUAUUAUACUCUCCCACUUCAUUCGAUUUGGAAAUGGCAACAGUUACGUGCAGCCUUCCGAUCACACUUUAUCGGUGCUCAAAUUUGUCUCAUUCCGAAAGAAUCGAUUACCAACAUUGUGCAAAAGGACGACGAGACUGUCAAAGACUACGUGGCUCGGUUCAACGACCGAAUUCAGAACAUGGAGCCCUGUCAUCCUGAAACUUUGUUAGUAACUGCUAUUGCUGGACUGAAGCCCAACUCAAUGUUUCGUUGGACCUUGUGUCAAAAUAAGCCUGCUACAUUUCAAGAGUUUCUU